AAAUUUAUCACAUUCUCGACCCCCGACUCCCCAACUUUGAGCUAAAAGGAAACCCUAGAGAUCUCGAUUUCGAUCGCGAUCUCGAUCUCUUGUUGGGUUUUGGGAGGAGGAGGAGGGGAGGAGCGAUGUCUCUCCGGCCGACGACGCGGACGGAGGUCCGGAAGAAGGCCUACAAGACGGGGGUCGACGCCGAGGAGGCGCGGCGGCGGCGGGAGGACAACCUCGUCGAGAUCCGGAAGAGCAAGAGGGAGGACAACCUCCUCAAGAAGCGCCGCGAGGCCCUCCUCCAGUCCGCCACUGCCGCUGCCGCUCAGCUCGAUCACCCUACCGCGAUCGAGAAGAAGUUGGAAAGCCUUCCUGGAAUGGUGCAAGGAGUAUGGUCCGAUGAUCCUGCUGUGCAGUUAGAAGCAACUACCCAGUUCAGGAAACUUCUAUCAAUUGAGAGGAGCCCACCGAUUGAAGAGGUCAUCAAGACAGGUGUUGUCCCCAGGUUCGUGGAAUUUCUCGCAAGAUACGAUAUGCCGCAACUACAGGUGUGGUAUAUACUAGUUUGUAAUAUGGUAAGCUAUGUUUCACUUGGUAAUUAUACUUGUCCUUUCUUGCAGUUUGAGGCAGCAUGGGCAUUGACCAACGUAGCUUCUGGGACUUCAGAGCAUACCCGAGUUGUCAUUGAUCAUGGUGCUGUUCCAAAGUUUGUGCAACUUUUGACCUCUCCUAGUGAUGAUGUUCGAGAGCAGGCUGUAUGGGCCCUGGGUAAUGUUGCUGGUGACUCGCCAACUUGUAGGGACUUUGUUCUCAGUCAUGGUGCCCUCCUACCCUUAUUGGCUCAAUUAAAUGAAAAUUCAAAAAUAUCAAUGCUGAGGAAUGCUACAUGGACACUAUCCAAUUUUUGCCGUGGAAAACCACCAGCUCCAUUUGAUCAGACGAAGGUUGCACUCCCGGUUCUUCGGCAGCUUAUUCACUCAACAGAUGAAGAAGUCCUAACAGAUGCUUGCUGGGCACUAUCAUAUCUUUCUGAUGGAACUAAUGACAAAAUUCAAUCUGUGAUAGAGGCUGGUGUCUGCCCAAGGCUUAUUGAGCUUCUGCUUCAUCCAUCUCCAACAGUUCUUAUACCUGCUCUUAGGACAGUGGGAAAUAUUGUCACUGGAGAUGAUGCUCAGACUCAGGUUGUAAUUGACAACCAGGCACUUCCUUGUCUUUUUCAACUUCUCACACAAAAUCAUAAGAAAAGCAUCAAGAAAGAGGCAUGCUGGACCAUUUCAAACAUCACUGCUGGGAACAGAGCCCAGAUCCAGGCUGUUAUUGACGCAAACAUCAUUAAUCCUCUAGUACAGCUGCUCCAACAUGCAGAAUUUGACAUUAAGAAAGAGGCAGCAUGGGCUAUAUCAAAUGCUACAUCAGGGGGUUCCAACGAGCAGAUCCACUUUUUGGUUAGCCAAGGAUGCAUUAAGCCACUGUGUGAUCUUCUGGUGUGCCCGGACCCACGAAUUGUGACCGUGUGUCUGGAGGGCCUGGAGAACAUUCUGAAGGUGGGCGAGGCUGAGAAAGACUUGGGUAGAACUGGUGGGAUAAACCCUUAUGCGCAGAUGAUUGAUGAAUGCGAGGGGCUAGACAAAAUUGAGAAUCUGCAGGGCCAUGACAACAAUGAGAUCUAUGAGAAGACCAUAAAGAUCUUGGAGAGGUACUGGGUUGAGGAAGAUGAUGAAGGACAGGUCGUGCAGGGUACCGGAGAGGGUGCGGCAUUCGAAUUUGGAGCCAACCAGCCCUCUGCUCCUUCUGGUGGCUUUAAAUUUGGUUGAAAUAUCCUGCUACCGAACUAGGCUUUCCUUUUUUCCUUUCUUUUAUUUUAUUGUAUGAAGUCAAGGGUCUAUUGAUUCACCCAAUAGGAGGGUCAGGGUUUUUGAUCUGACUCCUAAACAGCUAUAGCAGCGGAGUUUAUGAAAUCUGUUUGCAAGUGUAAACAUUAGAUUGAUGUGUGUGUUUAGUUUACUUGGAGAAUUGCAAAUUAGUGUGAUUGGAUCAUUCUUGCUGUCACAAAAGCUUAAUAAGUUUAUAGUUAUUUUUGUUUGUAUUGGAUGAAGAUUACUUUUUAUAGCGAUGUUGAUAGGUCACCUAGCCUGAUUCCCAAUUGGUCUUGACGGUCCAGGUGACCGUUCUGUAGCAUUUCCCUGUAAUGUUUUCUAGCAAACAGAUGGGCUAUGGUUUGAGACAUUAAUGUAUAGAACUGGUGUGAUUUCCUGA